CUACCACGUCAGAGAAACGAUCAAAGUGCACACAGGAAGAAGAACAAGACGCGUCUGCAUUGCCCCUGUCCUCCAUGGUCUCCUCUUCUGCGCGCUCGGCAUAAUGCAUAUUAAUCACCUCAGAUCCCCGCGCGUUUCGUGGCUCUCGCCCACUCGUGUCGUGUGUUUUUAUGUUCUUGUGUUGUGGGUCGCACCUGUGUUGCUUCAUCCGCAGUGUUUGGAUUUUCGACCUCCCUUUCGGCCGCUUAGGGAACUGGAAUUCUGCGUCAUGUAUAAGGAGUUUGGCUGCUGUGAUUAUGAGAAAGACCAGGAACUGAUGGCCAAGUUUUAUAACGUUAUGGAUAACUUUGAUUAUUAUGGAUAUGCAAAAUGUGCGGGCUCCGUGAUGGAGCUGCUGUGCCAGGAGUGUUCUCCAUAUGCAGCUCAUCUCUUUGACGCCGAGGAUCCCAGCACCCCUGUCCGGACCAUUCCCGGCCUCUGUCAGGACUAUUGCUUUGAAUUUUGGACUAAGUGCAAUGCUGCCAUUCCUCUCCUGUCUGACAACCCACACAUACUCAAAAUCAAAGAAAAUCAAACUAAUUUUUGUCGACGCAUGGAGCUAGAUGAUGUGGACUACUGCUACCCACACCUCCUCAGCAACCAGGGGCUCACCCAGAAUCUGGGCCGGCUUCAGUCUGACUCAGAAGGCUGUCUCCAACUGUGCCUGGAAGAAGUGGCCAAUGAUCUGCGGAACCCUCUAGCCAUGGUCCAUGCCAAUGACGGCACACAUCGGUUCUUUGUGGCAGAACAGGUGGGCUUGGUAUGGACCUACCUACCAGAUCGAUCCAAACUGCAGAAACCAUUUUUGAACAUUACCAAAGCAGUGUUAACAUCACCAUGGGAGGGUGACGAGAGGGGCUUUCUCGGACUCACCUUUCACCCCAGGUACAAAUACAAUGGGAAGUUGUAUGUGUACUACUCAGUGGAAGUGGGCUUUGAUGAGAGGAUCAGGAUCAGUGAGUUCCACGUAUCCGCCAAUGACAUGAAUGUGGUGGAUCACACCUCGGAGAGGGUAAUUCUGGAGAUUGAUGAACCGGCAUCAAACCACAAUGGAGGGCAACUGCUCUUUGCAGAUGAUGGUUACCUGUACAUUUUCACAGGUGAUGGUGGGAUGGCAGGAGACCCGUUUGGGAAAUAUGGGAACGCCCAGAACAAGUCGUCUCUCCUAGGUAAAGUUCUUCGUAUUGAUGUGGAUGACAAUGAGAGGGGCCCAUUGUACAGAAUCCCUCCAGAUAAUCCCUUCAUACACAAGCGAGGAGCUCGACCUGAGGUCUAUGCUUACGGUGUCCGCAACAUGUGGAGGUGUUCCGUGGACAGGGGCGACCCUCAUACCAAAGAGGGAAAAGGACGCAUCUUCUGUGGGGACGUAGGUCAGAACAAGUUUGAGGAGAUCGACAUCAUCGAGAAAGGUCGGAACUACGGCUGGAGAGCUAAAGAGGGCUUCUCCUGCUAUGACAAGAAGCUGUGUGCCAACAGCUCACUUGAUGAUGUCCUGCCUAUUUAUGCAUAUCCACACAAGAUGGGCAAGUCAGUGACUGGUGGUUAUGUGUACCGAGGCUGUGAAUACCCCAACCUGAAUGGCAUGUAUAUAUUUGGAGACUUCAUGAGUGGGCGUUUGAUGAGUCUACAGGAGGACAGAAACACAGGCUGGUGGAAAUACAACGAGAUCUGUAUGGGGAUGGGCCUGACCUGUGCCUUCCCUGGACUCAUUAACAACUAUCACCAGUACAUCAUCUCCUUUGCUGAAGAUGAAGCUGGUGAGCUGUAUUUCAUGUCGACUGGAAUACCAAGCGCUACGUCACCAUCAGGAGUCGUUUAUAAAGUGGCGGAUCCCUCCAGGCGUGCUCCACCAAGACAGUGUCACUAUGAUCCUCUUCCUGUGAGAGUGAAAAGUAAUCUCAUCAAGUUUGUUCCACAGGAAAUGCUGAUUGGAGUUGAGCCACUGAACAAAAACAUACCGGAGCCACAACCCACAGAAUCACAUGACUGGCACCAAGAGCUCAUUGACCAUUUAGCUGAACCAGAACUAGACCUGGCCAUGUCUAUACCAACCACUGCAACCACCAGACCACCCAGACAUUCACAACGGAAAGAUCGGCGUAGGAAGGAAAAAUCUAGAGCAAAGAGUACACCAGAGCUUCGGAGUGGAAAGGUGAGGCUAGUUGGAGACGAACAGGGUCGUCACGACCGCGGGCGAGUGGAGAUUUUCAUUAACGGGGAGUGGGGCACUGUGUGUGACGACCUGUGGUCCAUCGAGAACGCUGCAGUGGUUUGUCGGCAGCUGGGAUUCCACUAUGCCCGGAAAGCAGCCAAGAACUCUGAGUUUGGUGAGGGGAAGGAUCUGAGAAUUCUUCUGGAUGAUGUUCAGUGUGAAGGUACAGAGUCCAGCCUGCUCGAGUGCAAACAUGCUGGCGUUGGGACUCAUAACUGUGCCCACAAUGAAGAUGCUGGAGUGAUCUGUGGCAACUCGGACUACGUUAUAGAAGUAUGACAACCACAAAGUCAGAGCUCAUUAUGAUUAACUGAAGCUACAUUCACACUGCAUGUUUUCAACAGUGUGGGUUUAUUAGAAUGUUUGUCCUAAUGGUAGCAACUUCCUCUCUACAGUUUCUUUGAUGGAUCAAUUUUUUUGUGGUUUGGUGAUCUCCCAAGUGUGUUCCCGUAAAGAUUUUGGUAAGAAUCUACCCAGUGAUGAUGUCACAAAAAGUAUCAAACAUUUUAGAAAUUCCAAUCUCUUAUAAUGGGCAAAACUGUAAAAAUAAAAAAAUCAUUGAUUUGGUAUGUGUAUGCAAGAUCAGAUACUAAGAGUAAAUUUCUUCUGGGUGUGAUCCAGAUCACAGAUUUGGUAUCAAUUUAGAUUUUACAACAGAGGUCCCAUAAAAAGUUCAGACGUGUAUAUCUCAGUGACAGCUUAACAGACCAGGAUUGAUUUUGUCAUGUGUAUGUAAAAUGCCAAUAGCUAUAGGUAAAGAUAUAGGUAAAGUUCUCUCUUUGUAAGAGAGCAGAUUACGUUUGAUUCAGAGCUGAUGCUUGUCUGGAUGCAGAUUGUUAUUCUUCAAAAAUGCCAUUUUCAAAUGAAAAUAUAGCUGUAUGGAUUUAGUUUAACAAUGCUGUUCCACAAUUGGAAUUCACUGAUUGAUCAAACGUUGACUGUAUUCAAGCUUUUCCUUCACUUAUCUAUUUUACUUUUCUUUUUUCUCAUGUGAACAAGAUAAAAAAUCUUUACAUGAGAGUUUAUUUUUAAUAUGUCAUUACCAUUUACCAUUUGAAUGUUUAAUUUGAAUGUGUGUGUACUCCUCAGUGUAAUGUUAAAAUAAGAUUAGAGACAAAGUGCCUUUUCCCCAAUGUUUAAUGUUGACUCAUAGCUUCAUCCUGAGGUUUUUUUAAAAAAACAGCAAAGCAAUAGAUUUUGUUCAUACCAUGUAUAAUUUCAACACUGGGUUUGCACCUGAAAAAAGUGUGAGUGGAUGAAUUCAAGGCACACUUAACCCAAGCAACAUAUCCCAUAAGGUUCACGCUCAAAAAAAAACUUGUUGAGUGGAUGCCAUAGCACAAAAUCCUUGAAAAAAAACGAAGAAAUCAAGUGAAACAAUAUGCAUACAAUGUAAGAUGCAAACUAAAAACUAAAGCACUAUCGUUCUUUUGUGUCUUAUUUUCAGUGUUAAUUUUUGUGAAUAAUAAAAAAUAAAGCAAUGCAAUUGUGAGUAAAAUGAUGUAAUCUUUGGGAACCACUGCUCUACAAAUAUAAUAAAAAGACU